AUGCACUGUCGCAACCUGGUCCUGUUAGCGUCGCUUCAGCUUGCGACUCUCGCGGAUGCGCGCCAACGCAGCUUCAGCAUUCACGAAGACCUGCUGGCACAUCCCCAGUUUGAAAUUGAGCUCUCCAACACCCCGAUCCCCGAGGCCCAAGCUCUCGCCCUGCUCGAGUCAUCGCGCUCCCCCAAUCCCCCAUCUUCCAAAAGUGGCCUCGCCGGGCAAGUACAGCAAUCUGAUGCACCCGGAAAGACAUCAUCAAGUACCAGCAAUGCGGCUGGCAGCAGCGAGACCGAAGAUGAGGAUUCGACUCCCAUCUCCAUAACCUACGAACUCAUCAACAACGACCCAGACAGGUACCUCUGCUUUGUACCCGUCGUUGCCCCUCCCCCAGCCCGUAACCGCACAGUCAACGAGCUGUCCAAGGCUGAAGAGGCCCGCGAGCUCAGUCGUGCCCAGGCAAAAGGCUGGGAGCUGAUGAAGGGCCUCGAAGGCCAUUGCAUGUACUUUAUGUCGGGCUGGUGGAGUUACAGCUUCUGCUACGGCAAGCGUGUUGUCCAGUAUCAUGCUGUGCCCAACCCGCAGGGCGGGCCGCCUCUUCCAGACGCCAACACACAAGAGUACAUCCUAGGUCGAGUGCGGGAGUUGCCCGCUUCCCAGGAAGCCGAGACAGCUGGCGACGCAGGGGGUAGUACUUCCAAGACGAUUGUACCACCGAACUCAGCGCUGCAAGUAAAGGGCGACCAGCGCUAUCUGACGCAGCGCCUUGAUGACGGCACGGUUUGCGAUCUCACUGGCCGUCCACGCACGAUUGAGAUCCAGUACCACUGCAGCCCGAACUCGAGCAUCGACCGCAUCGGUUGGGUUAAGGAAGUCACUACAUGCAACUACGUCAUGCUCGUCUACACGCCCCGUCUCUGCGCCGAUGUAGCAUUCCUCCCGCCAAAAGAGACCCGUACCCAUCCCAUUCGCUGCCAUCGUGUCAUUACCAACCCCGACGACACCUCGCUUAACCCCCCUCGCGAGAAGAUUGACACUACACCUGCCGCAGAAGCCCAAGCGGAAUCCGGACCCCUCUUCGCCAACGCCCAACCUCAAACUCUCCACAAAUACAGUGGAAUGACCAUCGGCGGCAUUGUCAUCGGCGGCCGCAAACUGCUCGGUCCGAACAUCCCCAAGACUGUUCUCCCCCCUCUUCCCCCCCCCCAGCAAAAUGGCCAACAAGCCGCCGCCAACAUCCUCAGUUCGGUCUUUGGCAACACGGGGCAAUCAGCUUCUUUGUCUCAAGGCAAAGUCCUAGCUAGCAAGAAGAAAGCGGGUGAUAGUAGUGGUAACGGAGGAAAGGUGGAGGCGUUGAGUGAUGAGGAGCUUAAGAAGCUUGGGUUAGAACCGAAACAGAUUGCUGAGUUGAGGAAGGAGCUGCAGAAGUUAGCUGGGGAGAGGGGGUGGGUGUUGAAGCUUGUUGAAAUGCCGGGCGGGACAGUGGAGUUGAUUGGGGAUGUGGAUGGGGAUGAGGAGGGGGAGAGCCAACAAGAAGACGGGAAGGGGGCGAAGGAGAAGCUGAAGGGGAAGGGGAAAGUUAUGGGGAAUAGGAAGGGGGCUGCUGUUAAGGGAAGUGAUACGGGGAGAGAGAACUUGAAGAAAGAGAGGGAGAAGGAAGAGGAGGAGGAGGAGGAGCUAAAGGGGUCGAAGGAGAUAUUCUUUCAUGAGGAGUUGUAA